GAGCAGCCCAUCACAUGGGUCAGCUCAUGACAACUAGAUAAUAUAGUUUUGACAAAUUCCUCUACAGACUUGGUUCAAAUUCUUCUAAUGUUUGUUUUUGCAGUUUGAUGCAGACUUGAGUAUACUUUCUGAAAUUCUUUUCAGACUCUGUUGCCAUCAGACCGCAACAUUUUACGUGAACAAAACAUGGAUGCUGGAAAUAACUUGCUCCUCUACUUUCUGCUACUGCUUGUUAUCCGGCCAUGCUUUUGUAUCGACUCCCUCACGCAAAGCCAGCCUCUUAAGGAUGGUGAUUUUCUGAUCUCACAAGGGGAGGUCUUUCAACUUGGAUUCUUUUCUCGUGGUAAAUCUGGCAAUCGUUACGUUGGUGUUUGGUAUUACAAACUUUCAGAGAAAACCGUUGUUUGGGUGGCGAAUAGAGAUCAUCCCCUGACAAACACUUCUGGAGUUCUGUCUGUAGAUACAACAGGACAGCUUGCUCUGUCUUACAGCGGAACUCCACAAGUUUUGAUUUGGUCGAGUGACAUUUUGUCGACAGGAGGUGGCAACUACUCGGCUAAGAUACUGGAUACAGGGAAUUUCGUGUUGUUUAAGGAUCAAUAUAGUGAAAAGAAUACAGUGUGGCAAGGCUUUGAUCAUCCAACUGAUACUUUUCUUCCAUACAUGAAGCUGCAGUGGAACAAAAGGACUAGAGAAAAUAAGUUUCUCACUUCGUGGAAGUCACCCGAAAAUCCAGCAAGUGGUCAGUAUUCUUUUAGAUUCAACGUUACUGGAUCCGUCCCUCAGCUGUACAUUUACGAUGGUGUGACACCCGUGCUACGAGCAGGACCGUGGAAUGGCAUUACAUUUAGUGGUCUGCCUGAGUACACAGUAAGUCCUGUGAAUGAUGUCACCAACUUGUUCUAUAUUGACAAUAAUGAAGAGGUGGCGACUUACUAUAUCGUUAACACUCCUGGAUUAUUCACAAGAUUUGUACUGAAUGAUGAAGGUUUUACCGAGAGGCUAAACUGGAACCCAGAAUCGCAAAAAUGGGACGCGUUUUGGACAGGGCCUGACGGUCAGUGUGAUAAGUAUGCACAUUGUGGUGCAUUUAGUAAUUGUAACCCGGUUAAAUUAAGUGACCAAGGUUGCGAGUGCCUGCCAGGUUAUCAGGACAGGUCAGGAGGGAAAUCACCCACAAACAUAUUUGGGGGAUGUGUGCGAAAGCCUGGCGCUCUAGUGUGCAAUAAUGGGGAGGGCUUCAAGGAGGUCCCGGGAGUAAAAGUACCGGAUGCUACCAAAGCACGUUGGCAGUCUGAUCUCGGAAUCAAAGCUUGCAAGGAGUUCUGCCUAAAGGACUGCUCGUGUUCGGCUUGCAUGACUGUUAAUAUUACUAGUGGCAAGGGAUGCUUAACAUGGUAUGCAGAUCUGAUAGAUGUACGAGAGUUCUCCCAAGGAGGUCAGGUACUCUAUUUACGGGUGGAUUCCAGCGAACUCGCUAAGGAUCGAACGAAGCGAGUCCUUUUAAAAGUUUUGCUCCCAGUACUUGUUACCAUCAUCCUCAUAAUUGUAUUGAUAUCUCGGUUACUCUUGAAGAAGAAGAAGAUUAGAGCAAAGAAUAAAAACCGAGAACUGUCUCACGGUUCUGAAAAUAGUGAUAUAUCAUUCAUGGAACGCUACCAGGAUGCACUGGCAGCGAAUGACACAGAGGUGCAUUGCUUUUCUGCCAAUACGAUUAUUGCAGCCACAGAAAAUUUUUCAAUUUCUAAAAAGUUGGGAGAAGGCGGCUUUGGCCCCGUGUACAAGGGCCAACUGCACGGUGGACAAGAUAUUGCUGUGAAGAGAUUAUCAAUUACAUCAACCCAAGGCAUAGAGGAAUUCAGAAAUGAGAUCAUUCUUAUAGCAAAACUUCAGCACCGGAACCUAGUAAGACUGUUGGGAUAUUGCAUUCAGCAAGAGAAAAUGCUAAUCUAUGAGUACCUUCCUAACAGAGGAUUAGAUCACUUCAUUUUUGCAAAAAAGUCAGUGCUAAACUGGCGCACACGUUUUGAUAUUGCAACGGGGAUUGCUCGAGGAAUGAUAUAUCUUCACCAUGACUCCAGAUUGAGAAUCAUUCACAGGGAUUUGAAAGCUAGCAAUGUAUUGUUGGAUGCUUCCAUGAACCCUAAAAUAUCAGAUUUCGGAAUGGCUAGAAUAUUUGGCAGUGACCAAAACGAAGAAACUACAAAGAGAGUUGUCGGAACAUAUGGUUAUAUGUCACCAGAAUAUGCUAUGGAAGGACUUUUCUCAAUAAAAUCUGAUGUCUUCAGCUACGGCGUUCUACUAUUAGAAAUCAUUAGCGGAAGAAAAAACACCAGUAGUUUCGAUGCUGAAAACUCUAUCAACUUAAUUGGCCAUGUUUGGGAUCGGUGGCUGCAAGGGAAACCUUUAGAAAUUGUUGAUGCAUCAUUGGGUGAAUCAUAUGAUGUAAGUGAAGUUUCAAGAUGCAUCCAUAUAGGACUGCUGUGUGUCCAAGAAUCUGCUGCUAUUCGGCCAACUAUGUCAGAGGUAGCCUCAAUGUUGUGUAACGAAAGAACACCUUCAUCUGCACCAGAACAACCUGCAUUCAUAAAUAGAGCAACAGUAAAUUUUGGAUCUGUAAAGUCAUGUUCUUCUUCUGGAAUCGCAGCCACUAAAACUAAUAGUGUGACAGUGAGUAUAGUUGAAGGACGGUAAUAUGUGCUGGUUUAUACUUUUGAUCAAGAAAUAAAUUUCAUAUCAUAAUCCAUUAAUUGUAAAAAACUUUUGUAAAUUAUAUUAAAAUUGUUUAUUCUGUAAAA